GUAAGUGUGGUCUAUCUUGGAAAUAAUAUAUGCUCAGCCAAUACUGUGAUCAUUGAGCCCAACAUAUACUUGGAUAGCCAUAGGCCCAUCACUCUUCUCAUCCGUAAAAGGAGUCGGGAGUGAAUAGUGGGAGGGAGUAGUGUUGCAGUUAGAACUUAGAAGUAAACAGAAUGGGAUUUCUCCUUAGGGUGAGAAUCGGGUCGUUCGUCGCCGGAGCAGCGGUGGCGUCGGCAGUCGGGCUCUAUGUCCUUCAUAAGGAUUAUAAAAUGGCCCACCAUGCUCUCUCCACGCAGAUGAAUGCCGUCUAUCAGUCGCUAAAUGGGCGUGUUUCGGCAUUGGAAAAAAUGAAAGCAGUGGAGGCAACCAAACAGGCGGAAUCUGCGAACUAGAUUGUACAUGGAAACUUGCUAAAGCUUCAUGCUGUAUUUUUUUGUUUUGGUUGAUGGAAUUGUAGUUCUUGAAGUUUUAAUCUGGGUUUGUUAAUGAAUUCAGCUACCUUUUGGAAGUAUUUUGGGGAUUUUGGAUAUUAGUUGUCUGUGAAUCUGUGAUUAUCAAUGCACUUCAGGCUCUCUACUUCUUCUACUCUCAUGUCUCUUCUACUCUUAUGUCUUACCUA